AUGGGUGCUAAGUUCUCCAAAAAGGACAUUGAAGAAUUAGAAGCUGCUGCCAAAACAGGAAACCUCGCAGAAAUAGCAGCAAAGCUGAAGGUGUCUGUAGAGUUGAUAGAAAACACCCAACUCCACAUCGCUGUCACGGGAGAGUCGGGCUCCGGAAAAUCGUCCUUUGUCAAUGCCAUCCGGGGACUGGGAGAUGAAGAUGAAGGUUCCGCUGAAACUGGGGUGAUAGAAACAACAAUGGAGCCAAAGGCUUAUCCUCACCCUGUACUCCCCAAUUUAACAAUAUGGGAUCUUCCAGGAAUCGGGACUCCCAAGUUUCAGGCAGACCAAUACCUCAAAGAGGUAAAAUUCAACAACUACGACUUCUUCAUCAUCAUCGCCUCAGAGCGCUUCACUUCCCACCACACCAGCCUCGCCCAGGAGAUUCACAAGAUGGGGAAGAGGUUUUAUUACGUGCGCUCCAAAGUGGAUAAUGACUUGAAAGCUGCAAAAAGGAAAAAUAAUUUCAACAAGGAGAGAACCCUGCAGGAGAUCAGGGAGGACUGUGUAGAGAACCUGAUAGAAGCAGACUUGCAGCUAAAACCAAGUGACCCAUUGUCAGCAGCUGCCAUGCCAACGUUCUCCAAAGAGGACAAUGAAGAAUUAGAAGCUGCUGCCAGAACAGGAAACCUCUCAGAAAUAGCAGUGAAACUGAAAAAGUCUCUAGAGUCAUCAGAAAAUACCCCACUGCACAUCGCUGUCACAGGAGAGUCGGGGUCUGGAAAAUCAUCCUUUGUCAACACCAUCCGGGGACUGGGAGAUGAAGAUGAAGGUUCCGCUGAAACUGGGGUGGUAGAAACAACGUUGGAGCCAAAGGCUUAUCCUCACCCUGUACUCCCCAAUUUAACAAUAUGGGAUCUUCCAGGAAUCGGGACUCCCAAGUUUCAGGCAGACAAAUACCUCAAAGAGGUAAAAUUCAACAACUACGACUUCUUCAUCAUCAUCUCCUCAGAGCGCUUCACUUCCCACCACACCAGCCUCGCCCAGGAGAUUCACAAGAUGGGGAAGAGGUUUUACUACGUGCGCUCCAAAGUGGAUGCCAACUUGUACGCAGCUCAGAUCCGCCGGCCCAGCACCUACAAUGAGGAACAGAUCCUGCAGGUCAUCCGGGAGAACUGCAUCAAGAACCUGAGGGAAGCAGAUGAGGCCUCCCCACGGGUUUUCCUGAUCUCCAAUUGGGAACUGCUUAAAUACGAUUUCCACUUGCUGCAGGACACACUGGAGCAGGAACUGGAUGCUCACAAAAGACUCACUUUCAUCCUGGCCCUGCCCAACAUCUCGGCAAAGAUCCUGGAAAAGAAAAAGGCUGAACUGAAGAAGGAGAUAUGGAAACUAGCUCUUGUGUCUUCUGCUGCUGCUGCCAUCCCUCUCCCAGGUCUUGGUCUUGCUUGUGAUAUUACCAUCCUGGUGACAUCCAUGAGACAUUACUGUAAGGCCUUUGGACUGGAUAGAACCUCACUCACUAAUCUUGCCAACAGGGUGGGAAUGACCGUCCCAGAGCUGAGGGCGGUUAUAAAGUCCCCACUGGCUGCAGAAAUAUCUAAAGAGCUUGUAAUCAAGCUGCUAAGCAAGGCUGCAUGUGGUGCAGCGAUGGCAGCUGAAGCAGCUCUGAGUUUUAUCCCAUUACCAGUGGUGGGGUCUCUGCUAGCUGCAGGAGUUUCUUUCGGGACCACGUACUACAUGCUGCAGAGCUUUCUGAAUGAGGCUGCGGAAGAUGCUCAGAAAGUUCUGAGCAAGGCUCUUGAGGAUGAAAAAUUCAAAUAAGAACAAACAAUCUAGUGCAUCAAAUAUCAAAAAUUCUUAAAGUGAUUGCAAAAAAAUGAGAGAGAGACCAGAUGAGAUUUCCAGGGUUUCUGAUUGGGAUGUUUUAACCAUUGCAUUAAAGAGGCGCUCCAGGGAACUCCAGUUAUACACUCUAUAGGGUUAGCUGAGGAAAUGUUUCUCUAUCACCAGUGCAAAGGGUCUCCUGAAGCAGAUUCAGUGCAGGAAAUAUGUUACCAGGGAACAGCGUCGCCAGCAAGGGAUGUUUUCUGCUUCCAUUUCUGUUUUUCUUUUUCAUUUUUCCUCUGCCAACAAGGGUCAGGUUAAAUGGUUCCUGUCUUCAGCCCCUGGGAAAACAGUUAUUUGGAGAAGUAAGAUGAUGCCCCAGAAAAUCAUCUUCUUUAUUUUCUGUAUUGCUGCAGCAUAAAUCAGUCAUCAAGCCGCACUGGGGUAGGUGCUGUGCAAACAUAUAAAGGGCUUAGCUCAAGUGUGGUGGUCCUUUCAACGUGGAGGUUUAGCUGGCCUGAGAGGCACUAUAGGCUAAAACAUGAGUGACUCCUGCUCAUCAGCUGCUAAUGUAAUGGGGCAAGGGGAGGCAGGGGCCAUUAUUCUUCAUUGACAAACAAAUCUUAUUAAUGCAGAGUUCAGCUUGCCUGGCAAUAGCUCAGCCCUUCCAGAACAGCGAAUUCAGCAAAACUCAAGCCGGUGAACACCAGGAAAUACAGAGUUAGCUACAAGCCCCCACACCCUUAACUCUGCCCUCUUUGAGUGAUGCCCCAGUACACCCCUAACACACAUACUCACCCUCUGCCUUUGCAGAUAGUGCAUGUCCCUCAGGGAACAGGGC